UUCGGCCACUAGAGGGGGGUCUGAGGCAGCGGUGACGUCACCGGCUAGUCGAGUACUGUUCUGCUCAGCCACAAGAGAAGAAACAGCCGAAAUAACAUCAUUCGAACAUCAUUUCAACAUCACCGGUAAAUGACUGAAGAUUCAACAUGGUCUGCGGAGGAUUUACGUGCUCGAAAAACGCCCUCUGUUCGCUAAAUGUAGUUUACAUGCUGGUGGGCCUGCUGCUGAUUGUUGUAGCAGCAUGGGGCAAAGGCUUUGGCAUUGUCUCCAGCAUCCACAUCAUCGGAGGCGUGAUCGCCGUCGGCUUCUUUCUGCUGCUGAUCGCCAUUGUGGGGCUCAUUGGAGCCGUUCAUCAUCACCAAGUCAUGCUCUUCUUUUACAUGGUCAUUCUCUUUAUCGUGUUCCUAUUCCAGUUUGGAGUGUCUUGCUCUUGUCUAGCCAUGAACCAGGGUCAGCAGGAGAAAUUACUGGCCUCAUCCUGGGGAUUAAUGAGUACUGAUACAAGAAUCAGUCUUGAGAAAAAACUGGACUGCUGCGGCCUGUUCAACAACACCGAGCAGCAGAGAGAGUUUGUGGCCGACAUGAAUAUGUGUCCAGCUCCAUGUAAACAAAAUGGAUCUUGCAUUACUUGUGGUCUAAAAAGUCUCCAGCAUGCCUCAGAAGCUCUGAAGAUCCUGGGAGGAGUCGGCCUCUUUUUCAGCUUUACGGAGAUCUUAGGUGUUUGGCUGGCCAUGCGCUAUAGGAACCAAAAGGACCCCAGAGCAAACCCCAGUGCAUUCUUGUAGUCGCUCAGCCCCCCGUCCAAAACUACUAGUUUAGUUCAGCUAUUCCAGUUCCCUUUUGCACAGGUAGAGUGGAGCGCAUCGAGAGACAUCCAGACGUUAAACACGGAACACAAUCACCAACAGAUUCAACACAGUUUAACUUCAGAACACACAUCUCACAGCAUAUGCAAUCUCAAUUAUUUAUACCAGAACACAGGACACAUCCAUUUUAAUGACAGAUCUGACCCAUUUCUCCAAAGUCUGUAGAGGGUUAAUUUAAAGCAGCGGGAAUGAGAUAUCAUGUAUGAUGGGAUGAUUAUUUUAGCACUCCCCCAUCCUUGACUUGAGAAGCUCCUCCUGUUCUGUGUAUGCACUGAGAAUCUGCAAUGUAAAGCCAUCUGUGUUUGCAUGUGCUCUUCUUGUGAUAUGGUCAGAUCACUUAUAAAUAGGAAGGAUGUAGUUCUGAAGCGGUGCCUGUAGUUUCAGUGUAAUCGGAAUUUAAAAAAACCACGCAAACGUACGUAGGCGUUUAGUAAAAUGGUAGUUUUCGAAGCUGGCGUCUAUGGUGCUAUGAAGUAGUCGAGGUUAAUAUUGUCAUGUAUUUCACAGAAAAAGCAUCCACGUCUGCCUAGAAUCCGUGCGAACCUGUUAAAUUCCUGUGUUUUGUCGAUGCUUUAUGAGGAAGUGUCCGGUCCAGCCUUUGCAGUUUUAGUUUAGUGAUUAGAUCUAGAAACUCAAAUAUUUAAGAACUUGUGUAACUGAGCCAUGUGAAUAUGAGGAUUUUCCCCUGGCGAUGGACUGCCGCCCUCCUGCUGUGCAUAGUCUUUACCGUGACAGGGUCAACGUUCACAGAUUUACUGCUUUUUCCAUUCUUAUCUAAACCACAGCCCGGGUCUUACAACCCUCACUGGACUUUUUAAGUUCUUGAUUUCGUUUGAAGCUUAGUAUUACUCACUGAUAUAGUGUUUUAUCAUCUUAUGCACUGUUUUGUGAAUAUUUGUUGAAAUAAUCUCAGUGUGCCAUUUUUGUUCAGUGCGUUUGCUCAUUUGCCUGAUGGAAAAACAGACGUUCAUGCACUUAGUUUAUUUGCAAACAUUUUUAUGCUCAGGCUGUUGCUUGAAGCAAAUGCUUUAUUGAUGUACAAAAAUGCUUCUUAAAAUCGCAGCCGUCUCGGUUAAAUCCUUUUGUAAUCUGUUUUUUUGUGUUUUGCAAAAUCUCUUAUUGUCUCGCAUUGUUUUUCAUUUUGUGCUGAAUAGUGUUAAGUUGCCAUUUUAGUGUGUGUGUUUUUUUUUCUCCAAUGUACAUUGUUGUUGUUGCAGAUAGAUAAUUUACAAAACCUUAUGUGUGCAGUUCCAUAUGUUUUCUCAUUAUUCCCUCACCAAUAUGUUUUUCCGUGCUAACUCAUAUUAAUACAUAAACAAAUUGGAUAAUAAACACAAAGUCUUAAUUGCUAUUUUCCGCCCCACAUACUGGAGAAAAUGGAAACAUGUCUCAGUCCAGAUGUGUUUAGCUUCACUCGCUCUUGUUCUUUUACUGAUGGAUUGUGAAGAAGAAAUGAAAUCAAUGUCUGUGCUCUUAUACAGUAAUUAUUUAUUGCCGUUGUAUGAAGGCACUGAUGAACUUGGUGAGUUGUAAGCGCCAUUUUCCCUGGGUUUGCCUUGUAUUUUUGAAAGUGACUUUUCCAAUUAAAAACUCUUGGAUCAA